UCGUGAAUUCGUGAUCGCAUCGUCCAGUUGACGAAAUCUCUCUCUCGCGCGCGCUCCCGAAACCCUAGCCGCGCGCCGCCCCCGCCCCCCCGCCCUCGAGCUCGCCGGCGGCGCCCCGACCUAGGGAUAGGAGGCGAGGAGAGGGAGAAGGCAGCGAUGGCCGCCGAGAACUACUGGAGGUUCGCCGACGCGCGGCAGCAGCAGGCCAUGGUUGCGGCGGCGGCGGCGGCCGCCGCCGCGGGGAUGGCCCCCACGGCGGCGACGGUCGCGACGGCCGGCACGGCCGCCGCGGGCAUGCCCCCUCAGGCCGCCAUGGGGCAGCAGGCCGCUGCCGCGCCGCCGCUCAAGCGCGCGCGCCCCGACUACGGAGAUGUGCCUGCAGGACAAGACAUGACCGGUUAUUAUCCACGUGAGACUGACAGGGCAGCAGGUUAUCAUGCACUGAGAGAGAAUGAAGCUAUUGGAGCAUCCUAUGAUCGCUACUUGCGUAAUGGGAUGCCUUCUGUUGCUGCUAGUGAAACCACUAGGCCAGUUGUUGCUGGGAUGGGGGCAAUGGGUGGAAUGGGUGGCUAUCCUGUUGACGAUCGCCGUAUGAUUGGUGUUGGUAUGGACAGCAGAGGUAUGGGCUAUGGUGCAAGGCCUGAGCCUCCUCUCCCAGCAGAUGCAUCAAGCACUCUGUAUGUUGAAGGCUUACCUGCAAACUGCACACGGAGGGAGGUGUCACAUAUAUUUCGCCCUUUUGUAGGUUUUCGUGAAGUCAGACUUGUCAACAAGGAGUCAAGACACCCUGGUGGAGAUCCUCAUGUUUUGUGCUUUGUUGAUUUUGAUAACCCUGCGCAAGCUACUCUUGCUCUUGAAGCAUUGCAAGUACAUUUAGUUGCAAAGGAAGUGAGCACAAAGGACUUUGUUAAAGAUCAUCCCUACUACUAGCUUUUUAAGAACCAGUUGCCCCUGCAGCAUGCUCAUUAGAACCAAUGGUCCUGCGGAUACAUAGCCAUGUGCUGAUUUGAACCAGCAUGAGGGUGUGCAAUAGCUGCAUGAGUUGGGAGUGCUUACGUUUUAAUCUUUUAAUUUAUGUUAGUGCCACCAAAUCGUAGGACCAUGAGAUAAGCUAGGACUGUAGAGUGGACAGCUUCAAGGGUUUGAUGGGUUUGAUUUGUCUUAGAUAUCUGGGUAAUCCUGUAGUUUUAUGUUGUUAGUCAGGCAUGGUACAGUAUUUACUGAGUUAGGUAUUGUUGACUGGUAAACCCUGCACAAUUCCUUCUUGUUUUGUUCUGACAAAAGCACGCCGUUGGUUUGAUAGUUAAUGUGCUUGCUGUUUUAGUAAUUUCUUCAAUGUUCCUGGACUUUCUGUUUCUAUUCUGUCAAUUGAAGUAUCACUAAAUUCCGUAGUGCAGUUUUUAAUAUGUUCAAUGGAUGCAGAUGCCAGUGAGCUCAUCUUAGACACUUAGACUGUUUACUCAUUGCUCCAAGAAAGUUGUGUGCAUACAUUCAUAUUAAAUCUGAGUCGGUCAUACUGUUGAACUAAUAAGCUGACUGCAAACACUGAACUUGCUGUUGAGGCUUAGAACUGAUUUAGUGUCUUGACUAGUAUUAGUUAGUUCUUUAGGCAUCAUGUUGAUAGUGGGGUGUAAGAUUUGUGGAAUAACUAUUUAGCUUGUAAAUUUGUCUGGCUGUAUUCCAGUUUUAUACUACUUGCCUUGUAAUAUCCUGCUUUUAUGAUUUUACUAAGCUAUGAACAACCAGCUAUUUGUGGAAGUUUUAUGCUGGGUCUAAGAAAUUGUUAUCUACUAAUCGUUCUAUAGUUCUGCUCUCGUUAAUUUACUUUGUUUCGGCCUAAUUCUUCUU